UGAAAUACAUGCCUUUAAAAGAGGUAACAAGUUUCUAAAGGAGAAUGUAAUUUGCGUGGCCCUCCACCAGAUGUCCCAACUGCAAACCCUGCCGAUCACGUUUAUUUGCACACCGAGUGGUUUUGUUACAAGGUGAGACAGAAGCAGGGAGCAGUGCCAAGAGUGGUACCUGCAGUGCAGCUGCUCUAGGGAGGCAGACAGGGACUGAAGGAAGCAGAAGAAGGCAUGGAGCCUGUCCUGCCCAUCUGAUACUGUUUUCCUAUGCUACCCUUACUGCCUGAAUAGUGCACAUCAGUGAUUUUUGUAGUUAUUAGUGGGAAAAAUAUCAGAGAGGCUGGAAAAAUUAUGUGUCCAGAAUGCUUGUUACUUUUCAGCAGAGUGAUGCUGUGUCUGGGGUUUAUCUGGGUCUGAGGAACCUGCAGAACUGGUAUCUUCAUAUAAACUUCAGGUUCAUCUGUAAUACGAGGAGCAGUGCAGGUACGUUAGGGCUUUUAAAAGGGCCUCUAAUAAGAAACUGAAGGAGUAGUGAGGAGGAAAUGACUGUGGCUAUGAGCAGUGGGAAUUAACAGGUGUGAGUGUUGUAUACUUUCUUGCACCCCACUAUAUGCUCUAUAACAGAUAGCCACAGCCCUCAACAUGGGCUCUCCUGCCUUUGAACGUAUGAAGAUGCUGAGUUACUUGCUGUCACUGUUGACUCUGGCAUGCCCUUCUGCUGCUGCUUAUUUGGAUGAGCCUAGCCUGGGUAGUAGUUUGUUGCCUCACUAUGAACAUGAUCGUGCUGAUGCUGUUGACUCUUCACAAAAUAAGAGGUUGCAGGUUUUCACAGUGGACUACAACAAUGUGCAGAUUCCAUAUGAAGUCACUCUUUGGAUACUUCUUGCCUCUCUUGCAAAAAUAGGUUUCCGUCUCUAUCACCGAUUACCAAGACUCAUGCCUGAAAGCUGCAUCCUGAUUGCCAUUGGAGCACUAGUUGGAGCGAUCAUCUUUGGUACUGACCACAAAUCCCCACCGGUGAUGAACACAAGUAUUUACUUCUUGUAUCUCCUUCCACCCAUUGUGCUGGAAGAGGGUUAUUUCAUGCCAACUCGUCCAUUCUUUGAAAACCUUGGGUCCAUCUUGUGGUGGUCCGUGCUAGGAUCUCUGCUGAACUCAUUUGGGAUUGGCCUCUCCCUCUAUGGCAUUUGCCAGAUUGAAGUCUUUGGUCUGACUGACCUGAACCUGCUGCAGAACCUGCUCUUUGGCAGCAUGAUCUCAGCUGUGGAUCCUGUGGCAGCUCUGGAAGUUUUUGAAGAAGCUUCUGUUAAUGAGCAGCUUCACAUGAUGAUUUUUGGAGAAUCAUUGCUGAAUGAUGGCAUAACUGUGGUGUUGUACAACAUCUUCAUCGCCUUCACCCAGAUGCACAAGUACGAAGAGAUUGAAUCCAUUGAUAUCCUUGCUGGCUUUGCUCGCUUCUUCGUUGUGGGUCUGGGUGGCAUGCUGUUUGGUGUUGUCUUCGGGUUUGUUUCAGCCCUCAUGACUCGAUUCACCCACAACGUCUCCGCUAUCGAACCCCUGCUGGUCUUCAUGUUCAGCUACCUGUCAUACUUGUGUGCUGAAAUCCUUUACGUCUCAGGUAUCUUGGCGAUGACAGCAUGUGCAGUGACUAUGAAAAAAUAUGUGGAGGAGAAUGUUUCCCAGAAUUCCUACACAACAAUAAAAUACUUCAUGAAGAUGUUGAGCAGCGUCAGCGAGACCCUGAUCUUUGUUUUCAUGGGAGUGUCUACAGUGGGGAAAAAUCAUGAGUGGAACUGGGCUUUUAUUUGCUUCACUCUGCUUUUCUGCCUCAUUUGGAGGACACUAAGUGUAUUUGCCCUCUUCUACAUUAGUAACAAGUUCCGAACGUAUCCUUUCACCUUCAAAGACCAACUCAUUAUUUCCUACAGUGGUCUUCGAGGAGCCAGCAGCUUUUCUCUUGCGUUCUUGCUUCCAGUGAAACUCUUCCCAAGAAAAAAAUUGUUCAUAACUGCUACACUUGUAGUUAUAUAUUUCACCGUGUUCAUCCAGGGAAUCACAAUUGGACCAUUGGUCAGAUAUCUGGAUGUUAAAAAGACCAACAAAAAGGAGUCCAUCAAUGAAGAAAUUCACAUGCGAUUGAUGGAUCAUUUGAAGGCUGGUGUUGAAGAUAUAUGUGGACAUUGGAGUCAUUACCAGCUGAGAGAUAAAUUUAAGAAGUUUGACAACAAGUAUUUGAAGAAAAUCUUAAUUCGGGAACAUCAACCCAAAUCCAGCAUUGUGUCACUGUAUAAAAAGAUGGAAAUAAAACUGGCCAUUGAGAUGGCUGAGAAUGCCAUGAAAAUUUCAGAAUCUUCCACAGCUUCUUUACAGCACUGUAGAAACCGGCGUGAUACCAAGCUCUCCCCUGCAGAGGUGGAGUCCAUGAGGGACGUCCUGGCCCAUAACCUGUACCAAGUGCGACAAAGGGCAUCAUCAUACAACCGCCACAACCUGCCUUCCAGUGCCAGCGAGAAACAGGCCCAGGAAAUCCUCAUCCGUCGGCAGCACAGCCUGAGGCAGAGUUCUAGGAAGGGGAAUAGCUUACCUUGUGGUAGACCGGUUAAUGCCACAAGCGUGCGCUACCUCUCCUUGCCGCAGGGCUGCAGUGGCCAGCCCAGCAGGCAGAAAGCCAGGCAUGUUACUUUUACAGAUCACCCUAGAAGUAUCUCUGAGGCUGGGAUCCCAGUAAAGUUCAAACCCCAGCCCCGACUACGGCCACUCGUAGCAAAGCACAGCCAGGAGGAGCUGGUUCCAAUGACACACUUGGAGAGAUGCGACCAUUCGUCCCAUUUGUCAGGUCGAAGAGGAAAUACGAUCAAUCGUCAUCAUUUCACCAGAGCAGGCAAUCGAGCUGCAAUAUCAAAGCCUCGAGGCAUUGUGAGAAAACGACAGGGGUAUGAGUCAGAAGAAGAGACAGAAAUGAUGGCACCAGCCAGGCCAUUAGAUAUAUGA